ACUGCUUUUCUUUCAGUUUUCACUGACUUGUGUGUUUGAAACAGUUCACUUUUCAGCAGCAGCAAAGUGGCCUGUGAAAUAUAUUCCAUUUUCUCCCUUUUUUUGCGAGUUCCAAGUAAAGGACCCUUGUGUUCUUGUAGAACAGGAUGUCGUGCCAAGAAAAUGCCGUGUCAGAUGAGAGGAUCGGAGAAGCUCUGAUAAAGGAGGUGAUUGAGGAAGAGCUACGGGGCGUGCCGUCAGAAGAUAUACCUCCUCUCACUCCACUGAUAGUGAAAGUGUCAAAUAUUGAGGAACAGAAGAUGGUGACUCAGUUGGGUAAAAUGGUUCGCAUCAUUGGCGACAGGGUCAAAGGCGACAAGGAGUUCCAGGAUGCCAUCGACGGCGUGGCGUGUGGAGACGGAUCCGUGUGGGUUAAAUUCCGGCAAGUGGCUGACAAAGUAUUUCAACAUGGCAUCACCUGGGAGAGCAUCGCAGUGCUUUUCUACGUGGCGGGAAAGCUGGCACUCAAGAUGGUGGAGGCUCAUCUCCCUCAAUCGGUCAGGGAGAUCCUGAGGUGGACAGUGGACUUUUAUCGGAAUAACCUACUGAGCUGGAUUAGGGCGCACGGAGGAUGGAUCAGCAGUUUUUCGGACCUGGCGUCGGCGUCGGUGCAGAGGGUGGCAUCAGAGCGGCCCGGCUUCGGCCUGGUGGUGGUCUUCUGCGUGGGUGUGCUCGUUGGAAGCUGGGUCUCAUGGCGGCUGAGCAGACAUUAGUAGACAUUCUACUAACGGAAGCUUAUAGGAUAUUUUGAUUGGACCUGAUUUGAAUGAACACACAAUUCAAUAACGCCAAUAUGAAUCAUGUCUCCAUUUCAUGUAGUAACAUAGUAUCUAACAUAGUAUCUCAUCACAUGAUAAUACUACAGUCAAGUACGGCCAUCCCUUGUUUAUGGUGCCUCAUUUGUUCCACACUCAACUAGCAGCAGUCACUUUUCAUGAUUCAGUAAUCAUAAAUUCCAUAUUUUGGUUGUCUGCUGGGAUAGGCUCCAGCGUACCCCCCCCCGUGACCCGAUGGAUGGAAAUAUUUUUGGUAGUUAGCGCAUAGAACACCUGUUUAUGACCUUCUGAAUACACAUUGUAACAUUAUUAGAGCCCUCUGGACAUGAAAUAACACCCCUAUAGUCACAUUUACAGUCUUACUACCUCAUAUUAUAGACAUGAAAAGCAAUAAUGAGUCACAUGGUGCACCACUACUGCCAGCUUUAUUUACAUCACAUUGCAUAACUCUUGGGCUGCACGGCGAUCAAGUGGUUAGAGCGCAGACCUCACAGCUAGGAGACCAGGGUUCAAUUCCACCCUCGGCCAUCUCUGUGUGGAGUUUGCAUGUUCUCCUCGUGCAUGCGUGAGUUUCCUCCCACAUUCCGAAAACAUGCUAGGUUAAUUGGUGACUCCAAAUUGUCCAUAGGUAUGAAUGUGAGUGUGAAUGGUUGUUUGUCUAUAUGUGCCCUGUGAUUGGCUGGCGACCAGUCCAGGGUGUACCCCGCCUCUCGCCUGAAGACAGCUGGGAUAGGCUCCAGCAUCCCACUGUGAUCAGUGUGAGUAUGACCCCCUAUAGUCAGUAUGAAAGUUAUUUUUUGCCAAAACAUGAGGGAGCGAUGUAGGAUGCUAGUGUUAUACUGUACAUGAGUCCAAUAUAGACAAUUCCCUAACCCGAAUGUCCGGUUGCCCACAAAUAAAUUGUCCCUUUUUGUCCUCAUCUAAUGUCUUCUCAUUCAUCUCCUGAUUGUUGGGAGACACCAGCAGCUCCUCCAGUUUGGCGACAGAAGUUCUGUUGUUAUGAAGAGUUGGCCAGCUUCCAUCCUCCAACACGGACAAACGUGCUGCAACAGCAUCCAUUUCCAUCUGUUCCUUCUGUCAGCUUCCAACCUGUGCCUUUGCUCCCCUUAAUCCUCCAACUCGCCUGUUCUCUGAAGAGGAGCCGUCUUUGCCAACAACGUAGCUCCAUCUGCAGCACCUUUCCGUGAAAACUUUUUUUCCCCAUCUUAUAUACCCGACGGUCCAGCUAGCUUUAUCGUUGUCGAUAUCGUGUGAAUCGGCCAUCAUGGAUAUGUUUUGAAUACCUUUACGCAAGCAGUGCCAUAAAUAUAAACCUAUUCACACACAUCGCUGAUGAAUGUCCACUUCAACCACGAAUGGUGGACACGAUUUCUCCAAGGACUAGCUGGCUGUCAAGCUAGCAAAUUCUCCCGGAAGACGGCGGAAGUCCAUAGCAUCCAUCUCACGUCAGACAUGGAAGUGAUUAAGUUCAGGUGUGGCGCAGCUCGUCCAACUUUCCAGGUGAAUCCAAAUGUGGCUCAGCGCUUUUCCAAAUGAUCCGUCGUUGCUUUAUCUAUGAGGUCGGGUUUUUACUCCAGACAGAUUCACGUUGGGAUUAAUAUUGUGUUUAUUGUAGCACAAAAGACAGCAAUUCUAUGUCCAAUAUGGUUGAAUAUGGGAAAGUGUGUGGGAAAGCGAUGCAAUGGUGGC